AUGGAUUUAGGGAAGGGAUUUCGGAAGGCGCUGACGGCCAAGGAGGAGCAGUACGAGCAGGCCCUGCAGGAGCAGGCGGGUGACAUCCGCCUUCUCCUGGAAAGGAUGGAAGAACAAACCAGGAACGUGCUCAAAACCUACCGGCACCACCUCCGGCACAUCGAGAAAACGUUGGAGGAGGAGGGUCGGGAAAUGUUGGCCAGCAACCGGAAAAGAUGGAACGAGGCCAUCCGGGCCCACAACGAGCAGCAGUACCUGGAGAGGAAACUCCAGCAGAUGAAGGGAAUUUACCACCUGAACCAGGUGAAGCUGGAAUACAACCUGGAAGUGCUCCGGCAGCUGGAUGUGGAAAAUUCCACGCUCCGAUCCCAGCAGAAAAGGAAAAUCAGCCGAUUCCGGACAUCCCUGGAAUUGCUGCGGGACAAAAUGGCCAAGCAGGAGAUGAAAUUCCAAGAGGAAAAGCAGAGCCUGGAAUCGGAGCUGGAGCGGGUCACCGGGCAGUUCCAGGAGAUGCGGAGCCGGAUGAGGCAGCUGAUGCGCAGCAGCGCCGAGAAAUUCCGGCGGGUUUGGAUCGUCAACGAGGAAGAGGCCAAAGCGUUGAUCCGGGAAGCGCUGGACGCCGAUCGGAUCAUCCGCGUCCAGCAGCUGGGAAUGCCGUGGGAAGAGCCUCACCUCUGGUUCAUGGAUAACGUGGGACCCCUGGGACGCCGCCAGGAGAAGAGGGAUGCCAUGCAGGUGGCCACCAAACUUCUGGAAGGUGGGAUCCGUAAAUUCCUUGGAAUUUACCGGGGAAAAGGCUCCGGUGUCCGGCCGAUCCUUGGGAUUUCCAGGUGGGAUCCGUAA